CGGCGAUUGGCAUAGGCGACCUAGGCAAUUGCCUAGGGCGACAAAUGUGUUGGGGGCGCCCUCUAGCGGCGCCCUUAAUUAAUUUAAUUUAAUUAAACAAGCGAAGAUUUUUUUUUAUUAUUAAACACGAUUAUCCUAGGGCGCCCCCUCAGCCAGACGUUUAGUUAAUCGUUUUUUUUUAUGUUUUUUGUAAAUCAUUUUCCAUGGGGGGGGGGGGGGCGUUGCGGGGCGUGAAAGACGUUACGUUCGGUAAAUUAAGAUGCGUCGAUCAAGGGCGUUGCGGGGCGUUGCGUGGCGUGAAAGACGUUACGUUCGGUAAAUUAAGAUGCGUCGAUCAAGCUUGACAUAGGUAUUGACUCUUAAAAUGAAAAGGACUAAAGUUAAACCCUCUGGCGCGCAAGGACGAAAACGUAAAAAAGAAGAAGAAGAAAAGAAAGCCCAGUAUAGAGGUAAUUGACGUUGACCUCUGCCAUUAUAGUGUCAAACUCAUGUCAGGCUGUCAAGUGCAUCAUGUAACAUUGCGGCCGCUCAGGCAGCUACCGCGGCGCUAGCCACCGCUAGCCACCGACUUUUAAGGGACAAUUCCGGUAUUUUGAACAUUGAGCCCCGUUUCUGGUUUGUCUAGGAUGAAAUAAGAGUGAUUACCAACGAAAUUCUUACUAUUGGUCCUGUCCCGGGUAUUUGGCUAAUUUUGAAUUCUAUAAUUCGAAAUGAUUGAAUUUUCAAAUCGCGUUUUCAGGCCCCCCCUAACCCUAACCGGAAACGGAAAGGGAGACUGGUUGUAGUCUUUUUGCUCGGUUCUCCGUAUCAACCGUAGGGCUAAAACCGAGCGAAAAGACUACAACCAGUAAUCUCCCUUUCCUUUUACGGUUCGGUUUCGGUUUCAAUGAAUUUACAAAAGGCCAAAUAAAACACGGAAUAAACAGUAUUUCGUAUAUAUAUUUUUUUAAUUGGCCAGAUGCACUCAAGCAAUAUUUGCAGAAGCCAGCACCUGCAGGAGAAAGGACACCUGAUCCGUCAUGUUCACCUCUCUCUGAACUUUCUGCAGCAGGAGAAGGGACAUCCAGUAGUAGUACUCCAGGGACCAGUGGAACACAGGCCAGGUACACACAGCCUGCAUCAGGUGAAGGUGAAGGGACAUCAAGCACUCAGGGCAUCAGUGAAACACAGACGACUGAGACCAGGGACACGCAGCCUGAAGCAAGUGAAGGGGCCACAUCUAGUAUUCCAGGCACCAGUAAAACACAGACCACUGAGACCAGUGAAGGAACAACAACCGCAACAUGCUCUGCUACUACACUGCCGCCUGCAGACACCUCACCCUCCUCAAUUCCUAAUAUCCAGGGAGCACCCAUAGAUCCUGCUGACUGGCCAGCCCUCUGUGAUGCGGUAAGGACUGAGUUAGUUAGUAGAGGACCAUACAAGACCAAUCCAGACUUUACAUUUCCCAAAAGAGAUGAUGGGAGAAGCUGCCACCACCACUACUUCUACAGGAAAUUAGUCAAUGGGGAGAAAGUCAAGAGAAGCUGGCUUGUAUAUUCAAGGAAAACCAAUACUCUGUACUGCUUCUGCUGCAAGCUCUUUUCAAAGAAACAUUUUAACCUCAAUAGUAGUGGCCUAAAUGACUGGAAGAAUUGCGGGGAGAUCCUGAAAAGCCAUGAGCAAAGUUCAGAGCAUUUAGGGCACAUGACCUCAUGGAAGGAACUGGAGACUCGACUUGAAAAGGGCCAAACAAUUGACAAAAUGGAAAUGGCACUCCUUCAAGCUGAAAGGAGGAGGUGGCGUGAUGUGCUGACCAGGUUGGUCGCCAUAAUACAGUCUUUGGCCGAGCGAAAUAUUCCCAUGCGGGGGAGCUCAGACAGACUAUACCAGCCAAAUAAUGGGAACUUCCUUAAGGAAGUUGAGCUCAUGGCCAGGUUUGACCCAGUUCUCAAACAACAUGUUGCUGAUGUGGAGAGAGGAGCCAGGCAUGCAACAUACUUGUCAAAGGAUAUUCAAAAUGAACUAAUUGAUUGCAUUGGUGAAAAAAUUGUUCACUAUAUGUUAAGGGAGAUAAAGCUGGCCAAAUACUAUUCCAUUAUUUUGGAUUGCACCCCAGACCUCAGCCACGUAGAGCAGUUGUCGGUUAUAGUUAGAAUUGUUGCAGCAGACGACACCGACACCCCAAAAAUAAAAGAACAUUUCAUGGGGUUCCUUGAAGUUGAAUCAUCCACGGGAGAAAGCCUCUCCAACCUCAUUCUGAAGAGACUAGAAGAGUUCAACCUUCCCUUCGAAGACUGCCGGGGACAGUCUUACGACAACGGCGCAAAUAUGAAGGGAAAGGUCAAAGGUGUCCAAGCUAGACUUCUGAAAAAAAAUCCAAGAGCUUUAUUCGUCCCGUGCGGAGCACAUACUUUAAAUCUUGUUGUUGCGGAUGCAGCAAAAAGUUCUACGGAUGCACUCAGUUAUUUUGGCUACCUACAAAGAAUUUUUACACUAUUCUCUGCCUCCACACAAAGGUGGGCCAUCCUAAAGCACCACGUCCAAACAACUGUGAAAUCCUGGUCAGAUACAAGAUGGGAAAGUCGAAUUAGCAGUGUGCAGGCUGUGAGAUUCCAGACAGCGGAGGUGAGGGAUGCCCUUCUUGAGGUCAGGGAGAAAGCCACUGACUCAAUGGUAAUAACUGAAGCACAGUCUUUGGCUGAAGAAGUUGGGUCAUACCGCUUCACCAUUUGUAGCAUUGUGUGGUAUGACAUGCUGGCCAAAAUACAUCAUGUCAGCAAAGCAUUGCAGUCUGUGUCAAUGCAGCUGGAUGUGGCUCUGAAUCUCCUGAGGAAAACAGUAGACUCUCUGGUGAGCUAUAGAAGCACUGGGUUCGCUUCUGCUCAGGUAUCCGCAAGAGAUCUCUGUGAGGAGAUCAAUGUGGACACCGUCCUAAAGCAGAAGAGGCUGAGAAAAACAAAGAGACAGUUCUCUUAUGAAUCCCCUGAUGAGCCAGAAGGAGACGCACUUAAGAAAUUAGAAAUUUCCUUCUUCAAUGUUAUUGUCGAUGCGUCGGUAACAUCACUGCAAGAACGCUUCAAGCUUUUGGGUGAUGUUCAGGACAAGUUUGGAGUGUUAAUUAACUUCCCUAAUUUGACAGAGGAAGAACUCGCCCAGGAGUGCGAAACCCUCAGCAACACUCUGAGCCAAGGUGACCAUAAAGACUUUGACGGGAGGGAACUGGCACUUGAGUUGAACAAUUUCCAAGCAUUGCCAAAAGCCGGCAUGACGACAAUGGAAAUUCUAAAUCACUUAAAAGAGAAGAAACUUGAAGAAGUUUUCCCAAAUAUGUGGGUGGCCCUAAGAAUUGCUGUCACAUUACCUGUGACUGUAGCUUCUGCUGAAAGAAGCUUCUCAAAAUUAAAAUUACUGAAGACCUACCUAAGGUCAACGAUGAGUCAAGAACGCCUCAAUGGGCUUGCACUGAUGAGCGUCAACCAAGAGGUCUCAAGUCAGAUAUCAUUUGAUGAUACCAUCAACACAUUUGCCAUUAGGAAGUCUAGAAUUGUCAAAUUCUAAUGCUGCGUCACUUUGAAAGGUCAAUAGAAAUGCCCGAUACAACUGCACUUUUGUUCGUAGAGUGUUUAAUAGUUAAACUGGUGUCCAUUAUAGUGUUCUUUUAGUGUGUUUUUUUUUUAAGUUCAUAACAUUCUUUGUAGCAUUUUUGUAUAUAUUUGCAUAUUUUGACUUGAUACUUUUGGCUUAUUUUUACUUGUAUGCUUAAGUGUUUAUGAAUGUAUAUAAGUCAUUUAAAAUAAUUAAAAAGAAAAUAUUCUGAAACAUUUCUGUUUGUUGUCCAUGCAUCACACAUUUAUUUGCAAUGUAGUAUAGUGGAGCUAUAAUUGUGUGAAAAUGCUGCAAGCAAAGUAAAGGUAAAUCAGUUAAUAUGCGUCUUAAGUGAUGUUUAAUAUAGCAAUGUAAAUUAACAGGGCAACGCUCGGCUCGCUAUUGGGGGGGGGGGGGGCG